AUGACGAGACCCCUCCCAACCGAGACCCCCCGAGGGCUGCGGCGAGAUUUCACCCCAUUGAGGGAGGUCGUGACUGGACAAUAUCGGUGGCCAUCCCCGGAAGCAUUCUACAAGACCCUCGACCAGCGCAUGACCGCCCCCGGCCGCAUCGCCCGUGCCCUAGCCAUCUUCAAUGUCGACGAGGUUGUCGUCUACAACGAUCUGCCUCCUCUCACGAACGAGGGAUACCAGGAACAGCCCCUGCCGCACAAAAAGGACCGCCGCGACAAUCGCUCUCACGGCGGCCACAACUCGCGGUCGUCCCACAGGAACGACAGCGAGUCCUCCAUCACAGCCGACGUCGACCCCUGCCACUUCCUCACACACGUUCUCUCCUACCUGGAGGCACCCCCUUUUAUGCGCAAGGCCCUCUUCCCCAUCCACCCCAACCUGCGACUCGCCGGUCUCCUGCCUGGCCUCGACAUGCCUCACCACCCGAACCCCAUCGACAUCGCCCUGCCGUACCGCGAGGGCGUGACCCUCGAGGCCAUGGCCCCCAACGCCAAGGGCACCCUCGUCGACAUUGGCAACCGCGCGCCCGUCCACCUCAAGGAUGAGGUGCCCCCGAAGACCCGUGUCACCGUCCAUCUGCCAGAGGGCGACAACGGCCCCGCCGAGGCCGUCCACCCGGCCGCCCCGCGCGAGGAGGGAGGCUACUACUGGGGCUACACGGUGCGUCGCGCCGCUUCCUUGUCGGCCGUCUUCGAAGAGUCCCCCCACGAGGGCGGCUACGAUCUGAGCAUCGGCACGUCGGAGCGUGGCGACUCUGUGAACCGCGCGUUCCCCGACCUGAAGAAGACGGCAAAAUUCAAGCACCUGCUCAUCGUCUUUGGCGGCCCCAAGGGCAUCGAGCACGCCGCGUACAACGAUGCCCAGCUGUAUGAGAUGGGCAUUGGUGGGCAGGGCACGAGGCAGCUGUUCGACCACUGGGUCAACGUCCUGCCGGGCCAGGGCAGCCGGACGAUGCGCACUGACGAGGCGGUCUACGUGGCCAUGGCCGGUCUGCGGAGGGUGUGGGAUCUGAGCUAG